GCCUGGCUAUCUGUCGCCCUGUGUUCUUAGGUAUCGUCGCUUUUCCUUUUACGGCUAAGUAUGAAGCAUCCAUUUAAUCUGCUUUUGUUCUUAGUCAGUCUCAGAUGUUCCACCUUUGCACAGACGACGAGGCUGGUGAACGGUAAGAAGACAAAUGUCCUGUUUUAACGAGAUACUUUUUGCUGUUGUGAUUGAACCUGGCAAUUGAACCUUGGACCUUCUGCACAGAAAGCAUGUGCUCUACUGCUAAGCUAAAGCCAUUUCCCCAUUUUUAUUUUAUUUCACUAGCUACAGUACGGUGUUCAGACUGCCACCCAAAUGCCACCUGUGAGGAGAAUGGAGAUCUCCGCCAAUGCAUCUGUCAAGAUGGGUUCACUGGAGAUGGGGCCACUUGCUCCGACGUGGACGAGUGUUCCAGCCGCGGUCUAAAUCAUUGCCAUUCCUUAGCAACCUGUAUUAACACCCACGGCAACUAUUCCUGCUCCUGUCCCGAGGGUUACAGUGGAGAUGGCUUCCAUUGCAAACCUGCUGGCUUUGCUGAAGAAUGUGUGGGACUCAACGGAUCCCGUUCCUGCUCCGAUCCAUGUUCGAGUCACACGGUUCUAGAUCAGCCCUGGCGAAGCACCUCCUACGGGGAUGGAAAUAACUGUGACCGUGAUAAAAAAGGGUGGUAUCGAUUUGUAGGCAGUGGAGGAGAGCGUAUGCCAGAAUCUUGCGUGUCAAUCAAUAGAUGUAACACUGAUGCACCCAUGUGGCUAAAUGGAUUGCACCCGACCCGUAAUGAUGAAAUAGUAACCCGUACCGCCUGCGCCGACUGGAGCGGUAACUGUUGUCACUGGUCUAUCCCUGUACAGAUUAAAGCUUGCGUAGGUGGUUAUUACGUCUACCAGUUUCAAGGGACACCAGCUUGUUCCUUGACUUAUUGCACAGGUAUGUUGCUUGGAAUUGUUUUGGAGAAAAGUUUUGCAUUGGGAAAAGAGCGAUCUAUUUUUUAAUUUAUUGCAUUUGCAUUACCUGUGAAUCAUGAUCCACUUUGUGUUUCAUCAAUGCAAUCUUCCAGAUCCUGCGUACGUAGGGAGCCCAUGCCAUGGAUGCAAUGCAGAAGAAGAGUGCAAGCUGAUCAAUGGGAAAUGGGGCUGCGCCUGCAGUUCUGGUAGGUGCAUUGAGGGUGUCAUGGCUUGGAAGGACCAAGACGAAAGAACAUUGGAGCGAGAAAGGAGGAAUGAUUGAUACUACCCUAGGACAGUCGUGACAUCGCCCACUGGCAUGCAAGGGCUCAUUUACAGUGAGGGGGGAAAGUAUUUGAUCCCCUGCUAAAUUUGCCCAUCUGACGAAGAAAUGACCAGUCCAUAAUUUUAAUGGUAGGUAUAUUGUAGCUGUGAGAGACAGAAUAACAACAGGAAAACCCCCAGAAACCCAGAAGACCUAAGUCACAGAUUGAUGUGCAUUAUAAUGAGUGAAAUAAGUAUUUGAUCCCUUUCCAAAAGAUGACUUAGUACUUGGUGGCAAAACCCUUGUUGGCAAUUACAGAGGUCAGAUGUUUCUUGUAGGUGGCCACCAGGUUUGCACACAUCUCAGGAGGUAUUUUGUCCCACUCCUCUUUGCAGAUCCUCUCCAAGUCAGUAAGAUUUUGAGGCUGAUGUGCAGCUACUCGAACCUUCAGCUCCCUCUACAGAUUUUCGAUGGGAUUAAGGUCUGGAGACUGGCCAGGCCACUCCAGGACCUUAAUGUGCUUCUUCUUGAGCCACUCCUUUGUUGCCUUGGCCGUGUGUUUUGGGUCACUGAUUGCUUCUCUUGACAGGUGUCUCGACAGCUGUAACGAGCUGGGAUUACAGGUAAGACCUCUCCCUUACAGCAGGUGCUUCAGCUCGUUACAUACAGUGAAGAUACCAGGUAGCCUGACAUCUGGCUGGUUGAUAGGGGAUCAAAUACUUAUUUCACUCAUUAUAAAUUAUGCACUGGUCAUUUCUUCAUCAGAGGGCAAACGGGCAAAUUUAGCAGGGGAUCAAAUACUUUCCCCCCUCACUAUAUACAUAUCAGGGGUACCAAACGUUAUCUAUUAUUCUUAGAAUUUAUUAAAUUUGUAUACUGCUCUUCACCCAAAGAUCACAGGGUGGUUCAUAACAUAAAGAUACAAAAUGAGAACACAAAAUACCUAAUAAAACAAAAACAAAUCAAUAACCCCCCCCCCCCCAUUUAAAAGGCCAUAGCAUGUUCAAUCAGUCAAAGGCCUGGUUAUAAAGAAAUGUUUUUGCCUGGCGACUAAAGGUAUGCAACAGUAUCCAGGCAAGCAUCUUGGAUGCCAUCUAGAUGUUGUGGACUACAAUGUCCACCAUCCCUAGCCAGCAUGGCAAAUAGCCAGGGACGAUAGAGGAGGUAAUACAAACAUCUGAAGGACAUCACAGUGGCUGCCCCAAAUCCAAAUUUUCCAUCUUUUAAACCAGGGGUGGGAAACAUAUUACUAUCCAAAUGUUGUUAGACUACAGUUCCUAUCUUCCCUGACUAUUGACCAUGCUGCCUAGAGAUGAUGGGAGUUGAAGUCCAAUCUAACAGCAUCUGGGAGGCUGCAGGUUUCCCAUCCCUGUUUAAUUGAACAUUCCAAUGGCACGUGCAAACGAGCCAUUGCAGAUUAAUUGUCAGAGGCAGAAAUUUCAUAAUAUUGUUGGGAGUAAAGCAAUUUGCAAUUGUAAAGCAACAAAGCUACCUGAACAAGUAGGGUGUGACAGGCAACCUUUUCUCCCCUCACGGAGUCCUUCUUAAAUAACUACCUGUAGAUUGUUUAUUUUCUUAGGCUUUUCUUCCUUCCUCCUCAAUCUCCAGUUAGUAUCAGACCUUCCUUCAUUUUGUUAAACUCAUGACCCCCAGGAUGGCUUGUGCUCAGAACGGCUUUGUUUGCCAGGAGUAAUAAACUGUCUGUUGCUUGAGUCUUUUGACAGUCAGUCUUAUCAGACUAUUUCUUUAUGCAACUCUGCUUCAGCAAACUCCCACAAUUACUUGAUGUCAAUCAAAGCACCACUGUUUUCAAAUGAGACACUGCAAGAGGUUUAUCAGCUAGCUAGAAUGAACUCUGAGCCCCACACAAUUACAACACUUACAGUUUACUGUAAAAACAAAAAAACCCCUCUGCAUUUGCUAUGCUACUUAUUCCACACACAAACACUUCUGCAACUAGGAAUGUAAAAUAAUAAUUACAACAGAUUGUUGGUUCAAUAUAUGAACUGCUUUGAGCUUUUGAAACGGGGGAAAUAAUCUAGCAGUAAAAGAAUGUACUUAGUAAAUAUUAACAGCUGCUGCCACUACAAUUACUAUUUAUUCUUGUUCUUAAGAUGCUUCUAACUUGAAGCCACAACUGGAGUGUGGUGCAAAUGAAAUCAAGGUCUCCAUGGCAAACUGCACCCUCAAUAGCUUCCAGAAUUUAACCAUGCAUUUGAGAGACAACCGAUGUGCUGCUUUUGUAGAGCAGGGGAAUAGAACAGUUGUCUCUGUGGUGACACCCACCCAAGCUGGCCAGUGUGGAACACUAUUGAUGGUAGGUUCUCUAUUCAGUGGGAAAGCCUCACCAGGAAGGAUUUUCUGGAUCCUUUCCUGGAGAUGGUUCUCAUAUCUGCAAAUAUGAUGAUUGGCUACAUUGUCUCACCAUGAAGUCUAUUUAGAGUGAAGGCAAGUUGGAGCAUUGGCCUCACUCUGCAAUGGCUUUUUCACAUAAUCAUGUAGUGAAUUCACAUUGUAACAAUAGCAUGGCAUCACCAUUCCAGUUACAGGACCCCUGAUUGGCUAUAGGUUGUAAGCCCCACAGCACUGCUGGGAUCAGCUGUAGAUUGGCAGGCUCUGUUGCAGAAGGAAGAAGAAAUGGACCAGACUGAAUGGUGGGAAAGUGGGGACAGAGGAAGUGGGCUCUCCCCUUUACACCUUGACUUCAGCCACUUCCUAAGCAGGAGCAGGGACACUGGUCUCCCCCUUCCCCUUGACCUGCUUGUGGAGCCUCAGUGGAAGUUGGGGAGGGCUUUGAGCACAAGGGUAGAAGAGGAGUCAGCAGUAACUGAACAGGAGCUCAAGCUGGAGGGUGCAGUCUUUUCUCCUAGAACCAAGCACCUUAGCAGAUGGGAGCAGAAAAACCUACCCAUAUUCAACCCCGACAUUCCCACAAGGCAAGCAAGUCUGGUGAGGGAGCAGGGCAUGUCUUGUCUUUAGAAGCUUGGCGUGCAUAGCAACUUGUUGGGACAUCUUGGUUGCUUCCAUCCAGUUCUGAACUCCUUGCCCUGCUCUUCUGAACCCCUGUACUUUCCUGAGUCUUGUGUCUGCUGCUGAGCCUGUACUUGCUCAAAUAAAGAACUCCUUCUUACUUAAAAUGAAGCAAGUGUGUUUUGGGGAGGGAGUCAAGACACAAGACUCUUGUGGUCAGGAGGGAGAUACUUCUAAAAGCAAUGGUGCCAAAGCAGCCACAGGAGACAAAGAGGGAGCAUCUAUGAAACUGGGGAGCAAGGGGGCUAGGAGAGCAGUUUCCAUUUCCUCAAAAGCAGCUUCCCUCUCUCUUUCACAUUAGAAAUGUGCACUUGGGAAUAAUUAGUCAGGGACACAUGUAACUGUGCUGAAGUCAGGAGACGAGUUGCUUUAAUUCUUUUUAUUUCCCCUUUCAGAAAAAUGAAACUCAUGCUACAUAUAGCAACACACUCUAUCUGGCUGAUGGGACUGUCAUUAGAGAGAACGAAAUCAAAAUUAAUUUCCAGUGCUCCUACCCGUUGGAUAUGGAAACCAGCCUUAGAACAGCCAUCCAGCCCAUUGUCAGGUACGGCAUUACUUAUUAAGAGGAAAGCUGUUCAUCUUGCCUAAUGAUACUUUCAUUUCUAUUUAGGGUUCCAACCACUGGGGAAUAAUGUGAGGGAGCAGAUCCUGUAAAGCAGAGGGUGUGAAACCUUCUUCAGCUCAAGGUCCACAUUCACUUCUGGGCAACCUUCCAGGGGCCACAUGCCAGUGGCAGGCAAGGGCCAGUGGCAAACUUGGACAGAGCAAUGAAUGUAAAUUUUACCUUUGAAAUGUAAGCUAGUUCAGUGGUGGCUGAUUCCCGUCAAGACUGGCAGAGCAGAACGCAGAGAGCCCAGAGAGCAGGCAGAGCCUGAGGCAAUCACAGACAGAGUGAACUAAUUGUAGUUUUGUUUCCAUCCUCCUCCCUGCUAUGUUCUGCAAGGGCAUCACUGUCAAGGCGGGAGUUGGGUAAAAAAAGGUAAAAGGUAAAGGCCCCCUGGGUGGUUAAGUCCAGUCAAAGGUGACUAUGGGGUUGCGGUGCUCAUCUCGCUUUCAGGCUGAGGGAGCUGGUGUUUGUCCACAGUUUUCUGGGUCAUGUGGCCAACAUGACUAAACCGCUUCUCGUGCAACGGAACACCAUAAUGGAAACCAGAGCGCAUGGAAAGGCCGUUUACCUUCCCACCGCAGCGGUACCUAUUUAUCUACUUGCAGUGGCAUGCUUUCGAACUGCUAGGUUGGCAGGAGCUGGGUCAGAUCAAUGGGAGCUCACCCUGUUGUGUGGAUUUGAACCGCCAACCUUCUGAACGGCAAGCCCAAGAGGCUCAGUGGUUUAGACCAUUGAAUACUCACAAGGCGUCCAUGAAGCUAACUCUUAUUCAAAGAAACAGAGCAGUUCAGACCUAGUGAGCACAGCAUCACUUCCCAGUAGGUCGUGCCCCAAUGAGGCAGUUGCGAGGACUGAAGGUUGCUGCUUUCCCACAGCUCUUUAAGUCUCCUCCUCCCCUGAGUCCUUCCCCAGCAACCCGAGACUUAUUUGCCUUGUCUGUCUCUGCUCCAUCCUCUUCAUACGUCUUCUGGUUCUCCACAGUGGGAGGUAGCAAUGCUUCUGAAUACUAGCUACUGGAAGCAUAGUGCUGCAACCCUGUGUGGGUUUCCCUCAGACAUCUGGCUGGCCACUGUGAGAACAGGAUGCUGGACGAGAUGGGCCAACAGCAUCUUCUUAUGCUCAUAAUCCCCACACUUUUACUUCCUUUUUUUCACCUUCCAGUUCAACCAACAUCAGCAUUGAAGGAGCAGGUCAGUUUAUAAUUAAGAUGGCUCUCUACAGAGACCAAAACUACACCUCGCCCUAUGAGGGAGCAAUGGCCGUGUUGCCAACUCAGACCUGGCUCUAUGUUGGUGUCAUGGUCACCAGUGGGGAUGUGAGCCGCUUCGUCUUGCUGAUGGACAAUUGCUUUGCAACGUCCACGGAAGACACCGCUGACCCUCUGAAAUAUUUCAUCAUUCAAAACAGGUACAGUAAGGGUGUGUGUGUGGAUUUGAUCAAGGGACUGUCCUUUUCCAUUCAUGGUUUCAGGAUCGGGUUCCGGGGUGUGUGAAAUCAAGUCUAGAGUGGAAGCAGCAUUCGGAUUGGGAUCAGGGAUACAAGGGCAGGCUGCAACCUAGCUGAAAAUAUGUGGCUGGUUAGUGCCUGUCUGGGAAGCUCCAGAAUGCUCUUGUAAAUUCAGUGGAAGAAAAGUGAUGCACGGAAAUUAAUUUUAAGAAGCAAGACCCCUCUGCGUCUAACAGAAUUUCUGAUGUCUCUGUGUUAUGGGGUUAUUGGAAACAACUGGAAAGCCAUUCUGGAGACAGAUGCUGGACACAUUCCCUUCCGAACAGCCUUCUGGGGCCCCCUGGGUGGGACAGAGGCAAAAGUGGGUGGGGCAACAGAUGCAAAUUUUACCUUUGUGCAUUGAGCUAGUGUUUAGACCCAUGCACCUCAUCCCUCUCUAUCCUCCACCUGGGCAUUAUCAAGAGUCAUGAUUGGAGUUCAGGGACACAGUCCAGCCAGGAAAAACACUCAAGGAGGGUGUGAAGCAGGGCCGGUAAGGAGGUGUGGCAAGUGAAGGAGGGGGUGUGGCUAGGGAGAGUUCUGAGGGGCAGAAGGAGAGGCCUGAUAGGCUACAUGCUGCCUCCCGGCCUGAGGUUCCCCACCCCUGUUCUAGAUGGGCUGGUGGGGCUCGUCUCAUGUAAAGUUCUUGCUGGUUUUACAGCUGCCCAAACAGACGGGAUGCCAGUAUAACAGUCCCAGAAAAUGGAGUCUCGGCUCAAGGACGGUUUUCCCUCCAAGUGUUCAAGUUCGUUGGGAAUCAUAACCUCGUUUAUCUCCACUGCAAAGUUCGCCUCUGUGACCCUAGUGCUGGACCAUGCAGACCGGUGAGCCUGAUGCUCAUCAGUUUAAAUUGUAGCUUAGUGGGUUCAGAUGUACUCUGAUACUAAUGGAUGAUCCAUUUCAUCCCUUCCUGAGAAACCAAAUCACAUUUCUCCCCUGUAGCGCUGCGCAGGAAUUGAAAGUCGCCAGGCUGCUGCUGCUGUCGCAAAGGGCUAUUUGUUGGAUGUGGGUCCCAUUGCCCGCCAAGGUAAAGACGUGCGUGUGUGUGUGUGUUUCAAAUACAAUAACAAGGGCAAAAGUGCUGAACCUGUAUCUAGGCUGGAGAUUUCAGCUUGUAGGUGAAUCGCUGGAUGCUUCUCCUUACAAGGAAAGUCCCUGCAUGUAAGAAAGAAACAUAUUGGGGAGAAUGCUAGGUUCAUGCAUAGGAAUGUGCAGCACAUUUCAUUAGGAGGUGCACCCAAGGAUCUUUUAAAAUGCAUUUGUUUGUUUCAAUGAAGGAAGAAGGGGGCGGGAUGACAAAAAGCUAACCAAAACAACCAAAUAGAAGAUUUUUCCUGCAGAGAAAUAGAUCCAUGCCAAGCUGACGAGAGGCAGGGCAGAUCUGGAUGACCAAGGGCAAGAUAGUUCCUCCUCCUUCUCCUUGCUUGUGUGCCACAGAAGCAGCCCCUCACCUUCACAGAUCUUGCUGCACAAAAAGUGGUGAGCAGAACUCGGAUGGAGACAGAGCCAUGAGACAGAGCCAGAGCAGGUGCAGGCAGAAGUAAAAGUCUGGAGUGGAUCGGCAGCUUCUGCCUGGGCUAUACUUCUGCCAAUCCAUUCCAGCCUUUUUCUUCUGCCUGCAUUUAUUUCUGUCUGCUUCCAUUGAUCCCCAGUUUUUUAAACACUGGGUUUGCUUGAGUAUACCAGGGACUCUCAUUACACAUGCCUAUGGGCUGGUGUCUGUUGUUGUUGUUUAGUCGUUUAGUCGUGUCCAACUCUUUAAAUUGGUUGUUUUCCCCCCCCCUAUUAUGUUUUUACUGUAAUUUUUACUGUUGUUUGCCGCCCUGAGCCUGGCUCUGGCUGGGGAGGGCGGGGUUUAAAUAAAUUUAUUAGUAGUAGUAGUAGUAGUAGUAGUAGUAGUAAAUCCGGCACUGAACGGACUCCCUCUCCAUAAUUGUUAUUCCUGGCAACUGACACACUCUCUCUGACAGCAGAGGUGGAACAUAGAAUUUGUGGUAAUGGCUGCUCCUUGGGGGGUCUCCACUUUGCCAUCUCCCACCAGGGAGCUUCCCCCCCGUGUUUUAGAUAAUGCAGGAUGCUCUUUCGCCAGCUGCAAUUUUUCACUGUCAGAGUGAGAUUUCAGUGGAGGAAGUCCAGGAAAUAAAGCACAAGGUCUCUCUGUUUAUCAGCCAUGCUGAUGACAGGUUUGGGCUUUUCCAAACCAUCACCUCCUCUCAGGCAGAUAUCAAAAUCUCACAGUAACUCAGUGGCAUGUAUGGCUGUUGCAACAUCCCCACACUCUGUAGGGAUGAUUGUUGUUGUUGUUGUUUAGUCGUUUAGUCGUGUCCAACUCUUCAUGACCCCAUGGACCAGAGCAUGCCAGGCACUCCUGUCUUCCACUGCCUCCCGCAGUUUGGUCAAACUCCUGCUGGAAGCUUUGAGAACACUAUCCAACCAUCUCGUCCUCUGUUGUCCCCUUCUCCUUGUGCCCUCCAUCUUUCCCAACAUCAGGGUAUUUUCCAGGGAGUCUUCUCUUCUCAUGAGGUGGCCAAAGUAUUGGAGCCUCAGCUUCAGGAUCUGUCCUUUCAGUGAGCACUCAGGGCUGAUUUCCUUCAAAAUGGAUAGGUUUGAUCUUUUUGCAGUCCAUGGGACUCUCAAGAGUCUCCUCCAGCACCAUAAUUCAAAAGCAUCUAUUCUUUGGCGAUCAGCCUUCUUUAUGGUCCAGCUCUCACUUCAGUACAUCACUAUUGGGAACACCAUAGCUUUAACUAGUCUACCCCUCCCUAAAAGAGAAGGAAAGCAAUCUUAAAUGGAGGGAGUAACCCACAAACAGCCCAGUGGAACUAAGGAUGCUCAAUAGAUGUGGAAUGCUGAGUGAAUGAUGGAAUAAAUGAGAGUGAGGAAAUAGAAUAGAUUAGCUGGAAUGCUGAAUAGCAGCACUUCACUGGUCCUGUUAUAGUUGUCAUUUUCCAUGAUGCCUGUCCUCCAAUAAGUUCAGGGCAGCAUUCCAGACCCUCUCUCUUUAUUCUCACAACAACCCUGUGAGGUUGGUUAGGUUAAGGCAACGAAAGGGAGACAAUGGCCAGUAUCACACUGGAAAUUUUGCAGCUGCUACAGUCCAGCUCCCACUGAAACCUACCUACAUUACUCAACUUGCCAUCUGCAGUGACUGCAACAAACAUACUUAUGUCAUUAACACUGACACAUUUCAGUGGAACAAUGCAGAAAAUAAUGUAAUCAUUUCCCCCAUAAAUGUAUUAAUAUUUUGUAAAAUAUACAAACAAAAUAUAAAACAAACAUAGUACGCUAACCAAAACAGAACAUAAACUGGGUGUCUGUCCAUAAACUCCAGCAUUAUAAUGGGAACAAAAUUGAUGAUAAUUUUACACAUUCACAAUAAAAAUUAACAGCACUUUGUAAGCCUCAUGCAUGGGGAUAAUAUCCAACCAUAUAGAUUUUUUUAGAGCGGAGGCGGAAGAAUCUGACCUUGUUGUUGGAUCACACAAUUUACAAGAAGGUACUAUGUACCAUCAAAUGAACUUUUCCAAAUGUUGGUGUCUCUCCUCCAUUAACUUUUCUGCUACAGCUUAGCCCCAAAUUCUGGUCCGCCAGCCUUUGAAAGAAAAUUCUGUAUGCUUUAUCAAAUGACGUGCAAUUUCUAAAGGCAAUUGCUUAUGUAAUGUUCACAGCCAAACAAAAGAAAGAAAGGCACCGAUACCACUCAUUUUUGCUGGCAUGAUUUCUGUCCCUGACCUCGGCAAACACUUGAAUUGUGGCAAUUUCCAUUCCAAUUUCCAUUUUGCAAGGAAUUCUCCAACAUCCCCAUUCACAGCUAAGCAGAAAAAGAAUCUCUAUCUGCCAGUUUACAGUCCAGCACUCCACCCAAUGCACCACACUGAUGAGCCCAGGAGCCUCGCUUACCCUGCUGUCAAAUAGGUCCCUCCUGCGGCUUCAGUAAGCAGAAAUUUUUAGUAUGCAGCAUGCAUUGCUGCACAGCUUUCUUUCUAUUACUUUUAGUGGUAAAAACCAGAAAGGUCUAGUUAAUAACCCAGAGUGGCAGGAACAAUGGAAAGGAUGAUAACAGAGAGGAAUAAUUUCACCAGGCAAACAAAAGGAAGGGAACUGCAUUUGGGUCUGUCUUUUGGACAGAAACAAAUGGCUCCAUAAAACAGGUGUUUGUACAAAAUGUACAGUGAUCCUUACUAACUGUUUUGUUUUACUUAUUUACUUGGUUUUAUCCUGUGAACUCUGGGAAGCGGGUGGCGCUGUGGGUAAAACCACAGUGCCUAGGACUUGCUGAUUGUAUGGUUUGAAUCCCCGCAGCGGGCUGAGCUCCCGUCUUUCGGUCCCAGCUCCUGCCCACCUAGCAGUUCGAAAGCACCCUUAAGUGCAAGUAGAUAAAUAGGUACCACUUUAUAGUGGGAAGGUAAACGGCGUUCCGUGUGCUGCUCUGGUGCAGGCUCGCCAGAUCAGCGAUGUCACACUGGCCACGUGACCCGGAAGUGUCUGCGGACGGCGCCGGCUCCCGGCCUCUAGAGUGAGAUGAGCGCACAACCCUAGAGUCUGUCAAGGCUGGCCCGUAUGGGCAGGGGUACCUUUACCUUUACCUUUUUAUCCUGUGAACUGCCCUUAGAUCAUAUGAUGAAGAGCGGUAUAUAAAUCUAAUAAAAAAUAAAAUAAAAUACCCUUUUCUGCCGCCUGGUACAGGUUUUGAACAUCUUGCUGGGGCUGCUGCACCUCAAGGUAAGCUCUUUUUUUGUUACCUGAAGGGUGGGUUCCCACCAAAUAAAUAAAAAAAGCAAACUUGAAAUUAUUAUCUGGGUGCAUUGUUCUGGCUUCAAAAAAUCCCAGGUAAGGGUAGGCAUGCAUAAUGAUAAUAAUCUGGAUACAUUUUGUAGCAUUUCUCAAAUGCAAUAGAUAUGUUUUGCCUUCUGUUUCUUACAAAUGAAACACGAGCAAAUUUGGGACCAGACCCAAAUUGUGUUUUAUAUAAGACUCCUUGGUCUGUAAGGUUGUGUAUCUUAUGAGGGAAAGGUGAAUUUAAACUAGAUGACCUUUUGGAUUCCUUCCAACUCUACAGUUCUAAAAUUCUAUGAAACAAAUGUCUGAAAUCAUUGUCACCUGCAUACCUUGAAUAUGAGAGUAUUCUUCCUCAUCAGGUUUACAAGGAGCGUGGGUGACGGUGCUGAUGUCUGCUGUUCUGGUCUUCUCCAUCCAUACAUUUGCUUAAAAGCCAACGAGAGAAAACCUUGCUGAAGCAGCAGUAAGCUGGUGAAGAAUUCAGUCGAACAGAGAGAGGAAAACGUAAUGGGCUACUUGUGUGUUGAUUUUCUUUUACUGUGGUGGAGGGGAUGGAAAUCUAGAUCAAUUUAAUGUGCUCUUCUUAGAUGAAUUUAUUACAGGAGUGCUCCAGUCUUUCUCCUGCACUCCUUCCUAGUCAGUCCAAGGCCACAGAUGAUGCUCUCCAUGAACAUGCUUCUGAUACUCAACCCCAUUAUUUCAUCUUUGGAACAUCUUAUUUGUGCUUACUGCUGCAUGUAGCUCGCUCCACUAAUUGAAUGCACCGCUGGGGUCCAAGAUGUGCGUAUGUAGAAACUAGCCUACUGUACAAAACUAGCCCAAUGUCACAUCAGCCAUGACCAUCGCUCGCAAGUGGCUACCAGAAGUUUGCAGGGUGGCUCAUGGACUUCCUUGCUCCUGCCCUGGAACAACUUUGUCAUUAUGGGAAUUAAAACAGUGCCUUAUUAGAUCCCAGACUUAACUGCCUAAUACGGGAGACUCAACAUAAGUGUUUGUUGGGCCCCACCAAGGCACUGGGACCCCAGCAACUGCCUGUGGAUGCCACACUCUGGUGCCAGACCUCCUUCCUUCUCACGUUGUCUGUUCAUGGGGGAAGACUGCUUUCAGCAUAUAUCUCCGGUGCUCAAACACUUGCAUUAGCUUCCCUUACACUAACAGGCUGGGGUCAUUAAUAGCGUGGGGGGCACGGGGUAGUUGCCCUGGGUGCAAAAUUGUUAGGGGUGCAAAAUUCCAGCACCCAGUGCUGCUUCAAUAUAGCCGUGCAUUUCCAUCACUGGGCUGCAUUGAAAACAGCUUCUACAUGCAAAACAGGAAGAGACUUCUGCAGACAACAGAACGACUCUUUUCAUAUCUCUGUGGCUGUGAUCUCCUGGGUGAUGCAGAUGCCAUUAGGCAGUUGAAUGUGCAUGCAUGCUCCCUCACACCCACCCCCUCGCAUAGCCCCGGGCACGGACAACCCACGCUAUGCCACUGGUUCCAAGGCCCAGGAUGCCUGAAGACUGAGGUCUUUGUGGGGAGUCACUGUUAGUGAUUCCCCACGGCUCUGAUGAAUGGCUCGUACCUAUCAGAUCUGUGCAUUCAGUAUUGAGGGCCCUGUUUUAUAGAACUCCCUUCCAGCGGAGGGCAAGACAAGUCCCUCCUACCUUUUGAACCUCCGCCACCUACUGAAUACUUAAAAAAAUCUUUUGCAUGUAUUUAAACUGAAUUCUGAUGUUAUCGUUUUAACCCAUUUUAAUUUUCAUUGUGUUCUUCAUACAUCAGUUAGAGACAACUGCCGUUAAAUGGUAUACAGACUGUCUAAAUAAAUAUUUACAGAAAUAAAAAUUACUUUCCCCACAAC